AUGUCGUGUUAUGCUGUGUUUUGUCCAUCAAGAACAACUAAAAGAGCAGUCAAAGAUGCAGAAUUAUUAUUUCACACGUUUCCAAAAUGUCCGGAAAUCAGAGAUCAGUGGAUAAAGGCUGUAAGACGCGAAAAUUGGGAGCCGACUAAAUACUCCAGAUUAGUACAAAUUGCUGGAUGGGGCGGCAUUGUUGUUGCAUCCACUGGAUUUUAUUUGCAAAAUAAACUUGUUGAUAGGGUUAGAAACUACGAUUAUUACAAAGAUGCAUUAAAAAUACUAAGAAGGCAUCCAGGAGCUGUUCACUUCCUGGGCGAGCCAAUAAAAGAUAAAAAAUUUAAAUUGAGUGAUGCUGAAAAUAACUCAUGGAGCCAAAAUACUGCUACAUUUAAAGUUCCUGUAACUGGACAAAAAGAAAAAGGAAUUUAUUACUUCACUGCAGAAAAGACAGAUGAUAAGUGGUUAAUAGUUAAGGCUGAACUGGAAUUGAAAUCGAAACCUGAUGAACGAUUAGUAAUAGUCAAACAAAAA